AAGUGGAAGUCACUGCCGGACCAUGGCUGAUUUUGGAGAAAUCUUGCGUAAUAUAGGAGAGUUUGGAUUGUUUCAAAAAACCAUCCUGUUUGCUCUUUGCUUUCCAAACCUUAUCUUGCCUUUUCACUUUGCGAGUGUUAUUUUCACCCAGUCUGAUCCGGAGCGACACUGUAACACAGACUGGAUCCUCGGAGUUGCUCCUAACCUAACCAGAGAGGAGCAGCUGAACCUCACUCUGCCCAGGGAGGAGGAUGGCAGCUUCAGCCGGUGUCAGAUGUUCGUCCCUGUGGACUGGGACAUCAAUGCCAUCAGGGAGGAUGGUCUCAAUGAGACAACAGGGUGCAGGAAUGGAUGGGUUUACGGCAACAUGCUAUAUGAGUCCACAAUAGUCACUGAUUUUGAUCUAGUUUGUGAUAAGGCUCAUUUGUUGGGAGUUGCACAGACAGUGCUGAUGGCUGGCAUCCUCGCUGGAUGUCUCUUACUGGGACCUUUCGCUGAAUCGUUUGGCCGAAGGCGCGCUGCUCAGAUCCCUAUAGUCCUGAUGGUUGUAUUCACUAUAACGACUGGAUUAUCUCCAAACUACCCCUUAUAUUUGGCAUCCCAGUUCGUGGUGGGAAUUGGCUAUGGAGGCUACCGGCUUAACGGCGUCAUCCUAAGCACUGAAUGGAUCGGGGUGUCCAAACGAUCAUGGGGAGCAUGCAUAACUCAACUUUUUGGUGCCAUUGGACAGGCCAUCCUCGGUGGCAUGAUCUACUUCAUCAGAGACUGGAGGCUGGCUCAGCUUGUCACAGCUGCUCCAUUUGUCUUGGUUGCCAUUUACAUAUGGUUUAUUCCAGAGUCGGCAAGAUGGUUGUUGGACCAAGGACGGACAGAUGAGGCCAAAGAGCUGAUUGUCAAGGUGGCGGCUAUUAACAAACGCAAAGUUUCAGACUCAUUGCUGGAGAAGAUUGUUAUCAAAGAGCCUGAGCAAAAGAGAGGCAUACUUUGUCUUUUCCAAUCCCCUGUUCUUAGGAAGUAUUUUCUUACUAUAAUCAUGGCAUGGUUUUCGCUAAAUGUUACCUACUUCUGCCUUUCUUUGAAUGUGGGGAACUUUGGGCUGGAUAUUUUCUUGACCCAAGCCUUAUUUGGUCUCUCUGAAGUACCUGCUCACAUCAUCUGCAUUUGGCUUCUGGAGGCAGUGGGAAGGAAGGUGUCAGUCAUGUCAACACUUCUGAUCGGAGGAUUUCUGUGCCUAUUGAUCCUCGCCGUUCCUCAAAGUAGUGCCAUUGCUGUCACUGCAUUAGCAAUUGGAGGACGGAUUUUGACCAACUGGGCAGGAUCUAUAUGCAAUCUGUAUGUUCAAGAGCUGUUUCCAACAUCUUUUAGACAAACAGCCUCUGGUUUGGGCUCCAUUGCCAGUCGAGUUGGGGGAUUACUUUCCCCACCUCUCAACAUGUUGUCCGUGUACCACUGGUCCAUCCCUAUCGUCAUCUACAGCAGCCUUCCCAUCCUCAGUGGAGCCCUCUGCUUCCUGCUUCCUGAGACCAGAAGAACAGAGCUUCCUGAUUCCACCCAAGAAGCUGAAGGCAAAUGGAAAAAGAUGCAGCUAAAUCAUCAACAUGACUUGGAGGAAGCCUCACAAGUUAAAUCAACCAAACUGUAGUCCAUAUAGGUUCAUAAUGACAGAGGGCUAGUAUAAAUUUCAAUGUAUAAUUAUGAUAAUCAGUGGAAAAACAUAUUUUUUUCACUUUUAGUUGUCUAACCUUCUGACAACUGAAUUACUCUAAAUAUUUGCGAGAUUAUGUUUACUGACAAUAGGUGCUCAAAAGUUAAAUAAAGUAACCUUGUCUCCAGCUAUUGAUGUUUUUCUCCAAAUGGUUAAAACAUAAACCAGUUACAAUCUAAUCUAC